UACUGGUCAACAGCAGCGAGUUGUCUAUUUUCGCGCUCAGUUCAACACCGAAGGUGAACGCGAUCAGUUUGCAAGUUGAAAUCCUCCCCCUAUCGAACCCGAAGCGCGCGCGAAAGUUUGCACUGAUCUUUUUCUCACGCUGACACAGAAGAUGACGAUUGCGAUCGCGAUAGAAGAAAGGCAACAGAAUGGCACCGCGACGAAUGGAUCUCUCCCGCAAGGCACCGUGAACAAUGGAUUCGUCCUGGACGAUACGGUCGCAAAGAAACCCUCAAACGGAACGGAAGUCGUGCACCACUAUGGACCUCAUCAUGGACACGAUCACCACUAUCACCUGCAUCAUCACCACAUCCGGGAAAAGCCUGGCCAUGACUACACGGACGACGUGAUUACGGUACACGGAGUCCAGGCUCAUCACAAAACCAACUACCUGGAGACCAUGACACACCUGCUGAAAGGGAACAUCGGCACCGGGUGCUACGCCAUGGGUGACGCCUUCAAAAACGGAGGUCUUCUACUGGCUACCGUCCUGACCGUGUUCAUAGGCUUCGUGUGCGUGCACUGUCAGCACGUGCUGCUGAACUGUGCCAAAAAAGUUCACAUGGACCAACAGGACAAGGGCCGCCCUCCGGAUUUCGCCGAAACGGUUGGGCUGUGCUUCCAGAAGGGACCGCCUCGGUUCCGGAGGUUGGCCAAACCGAUGAAAAUGGCUGUGAAUAUCUUCAUCUGUGUUACGCAGCUAGGGUUCUGCUGCAUUUACUUCGUCUUCAUCAGCUCGAAUUUCAAACAGAUCUUCGACCGUUACGACUUGGUCCUGGACGUCCACUACCACAUGGCACUGCUCCUGAUCCCCAUCAUCCUCACGUCGAUCAUCACCAAACUGAAAUUCCUCUCGUACUGUUCGAUGCUAGCCAACGUGUUCAUGUCACUCGGUAUCGGCAUCACGUUCUACUACGCGUUGCAAGAUGUGCCCUCGAUCUCGGAGCGACGGUACGUCGGAGAGUUGAACCAACUGCCGUUGUUCUUCGGCACGGCAGUGUUUGCCUUCGAGGGAAUCGCACUGGUGCUGCCUCUGCAGAACGAAAUGAAGAAGCCGCACGACUUCCGCAAGGCUUGCGGAGUCCUGAACACCGGCAUGGUGUUCAUCGUGUCGCUGUUCACCCUCUUCGGAUUCGCCGGCUAUCUCAAGUGGGGCGAAGAUGUACAGGGAAGCUUGACGCUGAAUCUACCUGACGGCGAAGUUCUGGCCGAAAGCGUGAAGAUCAUGAUCGCAACUGGUGUCCUCUUGGGCUUCGCUUUGCAGUUCUUUGUAGCCAUCAUCAUCAUGUGGCCUCCGGUGCAAUGUCGGUUGAACAUUACCAAGCACAAAACUCUGGCGGAGAUUUGUUUCCGUAUUUUGAUCGUUCUAGUCACCUUUAUCAUCGCUGAGUGCGUGCCCAGUUUGAGCCUGUUUAUCUCGUUGAUCGGAGCCCUGUGCUCGACGGCCCUGGCGUUGGUGUUUCCACCCAUCAUUGAAAUGAUCGUGGCAUACAGUGAACCGAACUGCAAGCCAAGCCGAUUUAUGAUCGUGAAAAAUGUUUUCAUUCUAAUCCUGGCACUGUUGGGAUUUUUCACCGGCAGCUACGAAAGCCUCACAAAAAUUGUACAGGAAUUGUUGAUGUAGAUAUUUAAUUGACAGUGAGUUAGUUAUAAGUGUACAGACGGGUACUAGUGUUAGAAUUGUUGAUAGUUAAUGUAAAAUGAAGCGCUGUGCAAUAAAGUUGAUCCCACUCGAAUAACCAUA